AUGACGUCGUCUGUCUUCGUGAUUUCUCUUCUUCUCCUCUCUCUUUCCUCGGCUGUUUUCUCCGAUGACACCUCUUUCCAGAAACUCCCGGUCCCGGGAAAGAGGUCAGGCCCUGAAUCUUUCGCCUUUGAUUCCACCGGAAAAGGUUUCUACACCGGAGUCUCCGGUGGUAAAAUCCUCAAGAAUUCAUCAUGGUGCAACGGAAUAUUUGGAACCGUUUUGGCCGGGAAAUGUGGCCGACCUGCCGGAAUAGCCUUCAACCCUAAAACUGGUGACCUUUACGUCGCCGAUGCUCCGUUAGGUCUUCACGUUAUCUCUCCCGCCGGCGGUUUGGCCACAAAGAUCGCCGAGAGUACUGUCGACGGAAAGCCCUUCAAGUUUCUCGACGGUCUUGACGUUGAUCCCACCACCGGCGUCGUCUACUUCACUUCUUUCAGCUCAAAAUUCAACCCCGCCGAAGUGUUUGUCGCAGUAGGAUUAAAAGACGCGAGCGGGAAGCUUUUCAAAUAUGACCCAGCGACCAAAGCCGUGACUGUACUAAUGGAAGGUCUAAGUGGUGCGGCUGGUUGCGCCGUGAGCUCAGAUGGUUCCUUCGUGCUGGUUAGCGAGUUUAUAAAGAGUAACAUCAAGAGAUAUUGGAUUAAAGGACCACAAGCUGGUACUAUUGAUGAGAGCUUCACAAACAUUAUCUCGAACCCUGACAACAUCAGGAGGGUUGGUUCUACUGGAAACUUUUGGGUCGCUUCGGUCAAGAACAAGGUCGUUGUGCCCACAGACCCUUCAGCGGUGAAGAUUGAUUCCAAUGGAAAAGUGCUUCAGACCAUUUUCCUCAAGAAUGAUUUUGGGAACACUUUGCUCAGUGAAGCCAACGAGUUCGACGGCAAACUUUACGUCGGAACUCUUACUGGACCUUUUGCCGGAGUUUACAAACUUUAA